CUGAAACAACCUGCGCCUCCUAUCCACUCGACGCUUUGUUUCUCGGUCCCAUACCCCUCUCUGGAUGCUUUUCACUGCCUGAAACCCUCCACGUCGGAGUCACCACCGCUCUGUCGUCACCAGUCUCGACAAACUGACGCCCUAUCGAACGGAAACAUGGUUGAGGCCGGGAUAAAGUCGCGAGGUGCGGCCCUCGUCUUGUUGCUCCUCACAUUUGCAGUGAGGGCGAGGGCACACGAGCACCACAUGGACAACAUCGAGGAGGGCCAGUCUAUUUCCGGAGAUCCGAUUGAUUCAAUACUAUGGAUCCAUAUUUUGGUGCAGGCGCUGGCUUGGGGAGUGCUAUUCCCCACGGGAAUGGUUUUAGGGAUAAUCCGCUCCAAAUGGCAUGUUCCCGUUCAAACCACCGGUACCGUCCUCGCAAUAGUGGGAUACUUCCUCGGACAUGGCCACAAAGGGCGGCAAUUUGCGUCAAACAUACAUUCGAAGUUCGUCCCGAUCAUCAUGCUUCUGCUCAUAAUCCAGGUGGCAAUGGGCGUGUAUCUUAAGCUUCACUUGGAACGAGGAAUCUAUGGGAAAAUACGGAAGAUUGUUGUCAAGGGACAUGGCGUUGUUGGCAAACUCAUGCCCAUUGUGACAUGGGCCCAGUUCGUCUUUGGGGGUAUUACGGCCCUGGGCUUCUGCCGCGGCGACCAUACCGGACAAUGCCUGGCCCAUUUCAUUAUGGGAGGAGCAUUUAUCGCAUACGGAGUUAUUCUUACCAUCCUGCUACUCGUAGGGCAACUUUGGCUUCGGAGAUCCGGACGGAGUCAAGAAUUCUUCGAUUCGCUGGUCAUUGCAGCCUGGGGAUGCGUCAAUACCUUCACGGAACAUCGUUGGGGCGGGCCAUGGGUUCACAAUGACCUACAACAUACCUCUAUGGGUAUCAUCUGGUGGUGUGCCGGCUUGGUUGGCAUCUGGCUAAGCCGCACAAGAGACGGAAGACCGAAGCGAAAUCUCAUUCCCGGAAUUGUUAUCCUGCUCACUGGCUACGGGAUGUCGGCCCAUCCCCAGACGCUGCCUCUGUCGAACAUAGUUCACACCCUUUUUGGCUACACGCUGAUGGCUGCCGGCGUCACUCGCAUUAUUGAAAUUGCCUUCGUUUUGAAAGAUCGAAAUGCCACGACCGCUGACGGCUCCGACCCGAGCAGCUUCCAGUAUUUGCCUCCAUUCCUCCUAUAUGCGUCCGGCUUCUUGUUCAUGGGCGCCACAGAAGAGCAGAUGCAACUUCUCUCUGACGCCCAUGUAAGCCACGUGUCUUACGUCCUCAUUCUAUACAGCAUCUCCUUCCUCCUAUUUCUUUUCGUCAACAUGCUCCUCCAUCUCUACGCUGUACACGCAUGGGGCAUGAACUCGAAGUCUGAUGCCGAAGCCCCCAGAGCCAACGGGAUGCCGAAUGGCCAUGCAAGAGUUGAUAGGCAAGUACGAGAUGCGGAAGAGUUCGAGCUCGAGGGUCUCAUGUCUGAGGACGAGGCACAGGGUCCUGUUCAGAGUAAGGAAGGACGACCGUUGGCCGCUCAGCAUUGAUGUACAUAUUUUAUGGUUUUUUACAUCUUCCCUUCUUCUACUUCCUAGGGCAGGUGUUUGGGCGUGAUAUUAAGAUGGAUUAAUGAUUGAGGGCAACGAAUUCUUGGUAUUGGGUAAGGUGGUUGGGCCUACAAGACUCUGGCACGUCUUCAUUGCGUCAAUUGGAUUAUUUUGGAUCUUCAUAUUUGCACUUUAUUUUCUUCAUCCAUCUACGUCCAAUCUCUCAGUCACUCGUCCCAUACCUCACGAGUUCAAUUUCAAAAAGAUUCUGCAG